AUGGCAGAAAUAUCGCCGACGGGCACGAGCAAUUCGUCGCCAGGCAGAUUAAUGGGUCGGGCCUUUUACGAAAGCAUCGGCAGCCCCAAAUACAUCGUGGCGCCCAUGGUCGAUCGCUCAGAAUUCGCUUGGAGACUCCUUACUCGAUCCUACCUUGAUGAAGAGCGCUCGAAGUCCCUCUUAGCAUAUACGCCCAUGAUCCACGCACGGCUGUUCCGAGAAAGCGCAAAAUAUCGAGACGAGCACUUCAUGCCGACGAGAAGCACUCUGGUCACAAAGGAGAAAUCCCCAGAUGUACCUUGGCUGGACGGGAACCCGACGUUGGAUAGGCCUCUCUUCGUGCAAUUCUGUGCGAAUAAGCCGGAGGAUUUGCUCGAUGCAGCGGAGUAUGUGGCUCCGUACUGUGACGCAGUAGACUUGAACCUGGGAUGUCCACAAGGAAUUGCGAGAGCGGGCCACUACGGUGCCUACCUGCAAGAGGACUGGGACACUAUUUACAAGAUGAUCAACAAGUUACACAACGAAUUGUCGGUGCCCGUGACGGCCAAGAUGAGAAUACUUGACACAAGGGAAAAGACCCUCGAGUAUGCGAAGAUGAUAUUGUCUGCGGGCGCAAGCAUAUUGACCGUGCACGGGAGGAGAAGAGAACAGAAAGGUCACAAUACGGGGGUAGCAGAUUGGUCUGUCAUUCGAUAUCUGCGAGACAACCUUCCCUCUGAGACCGUCAUUUUCGCGAACGGCAAUAUCUUGAACUCCGGUGACCUGGAAGCGAGCCUGGCUGCGACCGGUGCCGACGGCAUUAUGAGCGCGGAAGGAAAUCUCUCGGAUCCCACAAUUUUUGCACCGCCUCCAAAGGUGUACAAUCCGCGGCAAUACUGGUAUGGACCCAACGGGAAAGGGGGAUAUCGCAUGGAUGCAGUCUUCAGGAGAUAUCUCGACAUCAUUUAUCGACAUUCCCUUGACACGGAACCUCCGGCUCGCAAACCGCUGUACAUUGGAGGCGAUCCCGUGGAUAUUUCUGGGACUCCGAGCGCCAUGAACUCAGAGGAUCAAAACCCUGCCAACAAACAAAAGCCGAACGGCAAGUCAAAGAAAUACAGGUCGGACCCAAACGUUAGGGCGAUGCAAGGGCACCUCUUCCAGCUGUUGAGGCCUUUGGUCUCUGUUCACACCGAAAUUCGAGAUGCUCUGGCCAAGACUGUGCUCGGUGAUAUUGACGGCUUUGAGAAGGUCUUGGCUAUGGUCGAAGUGGCGGUACGAAGCGGCCUCGACGAGUACGACGCUUCACGAGGGGCAAAACCAGAUGUUACCACUACCGCAGAUGCAGUAUCGGAAUCAGGACUGACGCCGAAACAAAGAACUGAACUAAAGUAUCAAAGACCCUGGUGGGUUUGUCAACCUUACAUUCGGCGUCUACCUGAGGAAGCGAUUCAAGUUGGAGCUAUGACAGUUAGCAAGAAGAAAACAGCCAAGGCACAGUUGAGGGAGAGACUUUUAGGCGAGAAGCAACCUAUCCGAAGGACGGACGACUUGAAGGGCUUGGGUCUUCCGUUGGACCAGCCUUCUAAGGAACUUCCUCAGCCUGCCCUUGUCUGUGGCUGA